AUGAACAAGAGGCUCGUUACUGGUCACGCGAAUCCUGACGAAUACGAGCACAGCCAAUUAUCGGACAGGCUUCGGCAUAAGACGCGCUCACUCACAGUCACAGUGAAGAACUGGUGUGCUGUGCCGAUGCGGAUCGUGACUGGAGGCAUCGAUGAGGAAAAGCUGAUGCGGAUCGCUUGCCCUGCUUAA